UUUGCUCGCACUCCUCGCCACAACCAGUAGGUCCCACCGCUACUUUGCCGCAGGAAUACUUGCAUCGAAAUCCCAAUUCAAUUUUAGGUGGACGGUGGUGAUCCACCAGUUUUAGUGGCGGAUCCAGGAUUUUACGGAUGGUGGUGCACUUGAAGGUUAUGUUGCUCGGAUUCUUCAUUUCACCUCAAGUAACCGUGUCGAAUCCUCGACACUCGGACAUGGGUGAGACACUUGACACUUUGUUUCGGGCUAAAAAAUAGAAAAAAUUCCAAAAAAAUAGCCGAGUCGGACACUUGGACACGUACCCGUGUUGGACAUGGGUACUCGAGUCUGAGCAACAUAGCUUGAAGGACCCACUGGGACCACAAGUGCAUCCGCCAUCGUCCGCCAAUGACCUUGUAUAUAAACUCACAGUUCACACUUGGUAGAUUCCAGCUUUUGUAAUGGCAAGUGAAGUUGAUAAGGAUUAUGUUGCUUUUGAGGAGAAGGUGAAGAGGACAGUUUACCUUGACAACCUCUCACCCCAUGUAGAUGAUAAACACAUUAAGUCUGCAUUCAGCCAAUAUCAUGGUACUCUGACCAAUGUUCGUUUCAUCCCGAACUACACAGAGCCCUGCUACAAUGCGAAGUGUGGUCUUUUAGAGUUUGAAAAUGAAGAGCAGGCAAAGGAAGUAAUCGAAAUGGUGUCUAUUUUUCCAUUCAUGAUAUUGGGGAUGCCACGUCCAGUGAGAGCCUUACCUGCAACACCGGAGAUGUUUGAUGAUCACCCAAUUAAACCGGGUAAGAAGAUACAAAUGUAUUGGUUGGAACCGGAAGAUUCUAAUUUUGAGGUGGCUCAGACGGUGAAGAACUUGACAAUGAAGCACGUUGCUCAACGUUCUUUCCUGCAUGAGAAGCAGCUCGAAGAGGAGGAGAAACUCUCGAACCAGCAAGCAGAAACCCUGAAAAGCUAUCAACAGAAGUACGAGAUGAUAAAUUCUGUAUUAUCUGGUGACAUCGCUGAGCGUCUUGCUAAGCAUUACGGGAAACAUCUCACUCAUUACUGAUGACACUGGAAUUUGACUGGUAUUUUACAUAGUAAUUAUGUAUUAGCAUUGUUGGAUUCUUAAAGCUUGAUAAAAUGAUCAUCUCUUUCUGAAAAAUCCCUUCAGCUUAUGUAUAUAGUUAGAGUUCAGUAUUAACUAUUAAGUUUUCGGAACAUUCAUGUACAUUCGUGUUGAUCUUGUUUUAGCUCCUGGAAAUUGCAUGUCUAAGUUAAGCUGCUA